GAGAGUUAUAUCUUCAUUAUCAUCCUCUUUCCCAUUUUCCUUGUUCUUCUUUGUGUCUCUUUAUCAAUCACAGAAUGAACAGUAUCAACAACAACACCAAUUUUGUUGAAUCUUCAAUCAUGAAUGGAGGUUCUGAGGACGUUGAUUUUUGCUUUGCCUUCGACAGUUUCUCGGAUAAAAUCAUUCAACUGGAAAUCAUGAGAGAUCUUAUUGAACUUUUUCCCAAUAAUGCUGAGGGUUGUUCCACAAGUGCCGAUCAGAAUAACUGCAACAAAAAGAGAAGGGGAGACAUGCAGAAAGACAAUGGUGAUAAGGCUGCCAAUCCCACAGAUGUUGCAGAUUCUCACAUGGUCUGUUUUACGGUAAUUAAAGUGAGAACACUGCAUGUUAGCUCUGCCAUCCUGGCUGGGAAGAGUAAUUUCUUCUACAAGCUCUUCUUUAACGGGAUGAGGGAAUCGCAGCAGACGCACAUCACCCUGAGAAUCGAAGCAUAUGAGGAAGCUUCAUUCAUGGAGCUUUUGAAGUUUAUGUACAGUGGUUUUCUGAAUGCAGCCUCACCGCCUAGAUUGUUGGACGUCCUGAUGGCAGCGGACAAGUUUGAGGUGGCGUCCUGCAUGAGAUACUGCAGUCGGGUAUUGCUGAACAUACCCAUGACAGUGGAGUCUGCAUUGCUCUAUCUAGAGCUUCCUAUCAAUGUGCGAAAGGCUAAUGUUGUUCGACCAUUGAUUAUAGCAGCAAAACAGUAUCUCGCUGCUCGUUACAAGGACAUCACUGAGCAUCAGGAGGAGUUGAUGGGACUGCCACUUGCUGGGAUGGUGGCACUAUUAUCCAGUGAUGAGCUGCAGGUCGCAUCUGAGGAUGCAGUGUACGACUUUGUGCUGAUGUGGGCUCGAAACCAGUACCCUAUUCUUGAAGAAAGGAGAGAAAUUUUCAGAGCAAAACUUAUCCACUUCAUCCGGUUCCCGUACAUGACCUGCCGUAAGCUGAAGACGGUCCUAACUUGCAAUGAGUUCGACAAUGAAGUCACUUUUAAACUAGUAUCUGAUGCCUUGUACUUCAAGGCCGAGGUACCACACGUGCAAAGGAUACUAGCUGCGAAAUCAGCUUCCACUAGUCGCUGCUUCAUUGAGCGGUCAUACAAAUACCGCCCUGUUAAAGUUUUGGAAUUUGAACUUCCACAUCAACAUUGUGUGGUCUACUUAGACCUGAAACGGGAGGAGUGUGCCAACUUGUUCCCCUCUGGCCGCAUCUGUUCACAGGACUUCCAUUUAGGUGGUCAAGGGUUUUUCUUGUCGGCGCACUGCAAUAUGGACCAGCAGAGCUCCUACCAUUGCUUCGACUUGUUCUUGUGCAUGCAUGAGAAAGACUCUGCCAGCAUCACUGUCGACUAUGAAUUUGAGGUUCGGUCAAGGCCAACCUUAGAAUACCUUCACAAGUAUAAAGGCGACUUUACAUUUACCGGGGGAAGUGCAGUCGGUUACAGGAACUUUUUUGCUACACCAUGGACAUCGUUCAUGGCGGAAGACAGCCCCUUCUUUAUUAACGGUGUUCUCCAUCUUAGAGUAGAGCUCUCCCUCUUAGAGCAGAGCUAACAAUCUAAAAGUAGUUGGAUUGGAUUAGUCUUGUAGAUUGGUAUCUAUGAUUUUCUGUAGCACUUUUAUUUAUUUCUCUUUAACCAUUUGUAAUUAUUUAGUUGUAAAUUUUUGGCAAAUUAUUCUUGGUGGCUAGUGAUACAUAUUUCACAGUGAAAAAUGUCCUGCAAUCCAGCUAUGGUUUGACAAAACUUGUCCU